AUGGCGUCAAGAGAAGAGACUCAGGCACCUCAGGCACCGAUCUCCAGCCAAGAUUGGAGGCGUCUGAUUAGUAGUAUUGACGAUAUACGACAGCGAAACGAGUAUCUCCAAGAGCAGCUAGAGUAUUACCGCAUUGAGCAGCAAGAUGAGGGAGAGCACGAGGCAGAGGCUGUGGCGGAGUUCGAACCAUUUUCAGCGGCAGUGAGAGAAGUUGUCAUUCUAGACAAUAUGAAGAAUAUAGUGCUGGAAACCUACAGUGGAAAGGCUGAUCCCAAGGAGCACUUGCUGUAUUUCAAUACGAAGAUGGUGAUCAGCGCCGCUUCUGAUGCGGUCAAGUGUAGGAUGUUUCCAGCCACAUUCAAAGGCACGACAAUGGCAUGGUUCAUGACUCUACCACGAGGAUCCAUCACGAACUUUCGUGACUUCUCGUCCAAAUUCCUUGUCCAGUUCUCGGCGAGCAAAACUAAGCAGGUGACGAUUGAAGAUUUGUAUAAUGUGCGUCAAUCCGAGGGCGAGACUUGGAAGCAGUACGUGAAGUGGUUCAGCACUGCGUCAGUAAAGAUAGAGGAAUCCGAGCCAAAUGCCUGCGCUCGCGCCUUUAAAAACGGAUUGCAGCCAGGAAAGCUAAAUAGUAAAUUGAGCCGAAAGCCAGCCAAGUCAAUGGCGGAGGUGCGAGCCCGAGCGAAGACGUACAUACUCGACGAGGAGGAUGCCGCUUUUAAGCGGAGGCGCGCGAAGAGAGAGACAUGUCACCAGAAGACAAGCCAAGCAAGGAGAAAACAGAGGGAAGCAGAAGACGGGACAAGAAGGUUCGGACUGGGGAAAAGGUACCGAGGGAAUCUUUGUAUCCCAAAAAGGAAAAUUUUGAGCGACGCCGGCCCUGGCAUCAGGCUGACCCUCGUCGCUGAGAGGAGGCAGGAAAAAGCUUGA